CCUUGGUUGUAGUAUGCCAGCAGUCCGGGACGUGAUGAGAUCUAUAUCCAGUACGUGAAAGCAGGAUCUCUUGCUGAAAAAAUUGGGAUUAAGCCUGGCGAUCAAAUCCUGGAUGUGAAUGAUGUAAGUUUUGUUGGUAUCUCCCACUCGGAAGCUGUGAUGGUGUUGAAAUCAAGCAAACAACUGACAAUACAUCUGAAAGAAGGUGCUGCUGCAGAAAGUGGUUUUGAUAUAUAUGCCAAGCCCCAGAGAUCUGUCCGGCCGCAGAGAGACCAACAGGAACAAGAGGAACUGAUGAAACUACGGCAACUAGCUCUGGAGAGAGAAAGAGAAAAACAGCAACGAUUAGACAUCGAGAGAGCUGAGGCAGAAAAGUUACAGAAAGAAGAAUUAUUGAAGCAUCAGAGACUGGAAGUUGAACACCCACCUCAACAAAAACAAGAGAAAACAAACAUUGAAAAUGAAGAGAGAUGGAGGAGAGUGAGUCGAACGUCCGUAGAUACGGAUAAAGAAUCAGAAAUGAUUGCUCAGGAGUUGCUAGAAGUCAGUCUUCAUCAGGAGCAGAUCGAACACCAAAAGUCAUUGUCAUUGCAGGACCAAUGGAAUGCUGAACGUGAAGAGAUUGAACGGCAGAUGGAAAUUGAGUCAAAGCGUACUGUUUUACCUCAAGAGACUGAUGCUCAAAAUUUUACAUCCACCAUGAAAGUCCAUCUCACCAGUGAAUCAUACGCUAAAAACAGACAAACUAGAGAUGAUACUGAUUCGCAGUUUAAUGCCAGAAAGCUUUUUACAGACAGAGAAAUUGGAGGCAGAGAGAUAAGAGUUUUGAAAAUUAAAAAAGAUGGACCAUUGGAAAUAUUAAUUGAGGGUGGGUUAGACUCGCCUAUUGGAAAAUGUGUUGUGUCUGAAGUAUAUGAAGGUGGAGCCGCAUGGAGACAUGGUGGGUUGUUCAAGGGAGAUCAGAUUAUGAUGGUGGACGGCAAAAAAACUGCUGAUGCAAAACUGGCUGAAGCUGAGGAGAUUUUGAAAGAUGCAAUGAAAAAUACAGAUGGAACGGGAACCUUGGAACUGGUAAUAGCAUUGGCACCACCAAAAAAUUAUGAAGACGAAAUCACAUUUUUUUAGGUUCAUAGAGUACAGCGACUCUGCAAACUAUUAACCAAGAUGCACUUCAAAAUUCUGUUAUCAAAGAUAUAUGCCAUGAAUCAACUCAUCUAAAGCUGGCAACUCUUUCCUGUCAAUAUGCUAGCCUCUCUAACAUGAUUAAAGUGGAUUGAGCCAACAUGGAAGAUGCUGAAGAAUCUUACUCUCUGGGUGGUGAGGGAGAGGGUGGCGGUUAGGGGGUGUUCCUUCUUUAAAAAUAGAAUACAUUCUUUGCUUUCACUAAACUCUGGGCUUCGUCUUUGUGUACCUUCUCAGCAGGAAUAUUCCAAAAUGUCUUUGCGCUUUACAGAGUCUCUCUGACAAAAUAAUGGUAGUUUUCACUGUAAUUACAUUCUCAUCAAAUUGUUCACUGCUCCUUAUCAAUUCCCUUCCCCUCCUCCAGCCAAAUGGUAUCACCCAGUUACUGCUUCCUUCCUUUCUACCACAUUAUGUGUUCUGUUCACCAAUGAUUGCAGCGUCUUAUUUCCUUGCUUCCCUAGAAUUACUACCACACUUUAAUGUAAUCUUGAAGACAUCUCGAGAUCGAACGCAAACUGAUUUGACAGCAUUAUUAGCUACUACACUACUACAUUAACGGUGGAUUUCAGUAAAAUAUUUUUACUGAAUAAGAUUAACAUAUGGUGAUGAACCAUUUAUUAUCAAGAUUUUUUUUAUGCAAUGUGGAUAACUUUGAGUAAAUUUGAACAACUUUGUUUGAUGAUGCAUUUUGAUAAAGACAACAUGGUAUAAUUUAUUGUAAAAUAAAAAUGCUAUUUUUGAAGUAAAUGGAAUACCGGUAAUGAAAA